GCCAACUACAUCGACAAGGUGCGCUUCCUGGAGCAGCAGAACAAGAUCCUGCUGGCCGAGCUGGAGCAGCUCAAGGGCAAGGGCACGUCCCGCCUGGGCGACCUUUACGAGGAGGAGAUGCGGGAGCUGCGCCGGCAGGUGGACUUCGCCAACUACAUCGACAAGGUGCGCUUCCUGGAGCAGCAGAACAAGAUCCUGCUGGCCGAGCUGGAGCAGCUCAAGGGCAAGGGCACGUUGCAGGAGGAGAUGCUGCAGCGGGAGGAGGCCGAGAACACCCUGCAGUCCUUCAGACAGGAUGUUGACAAUGCCUCUCUGGCACGUCUUGAUCUUGAACGCAAAGUUGAGUCCCUGCAAGAGGAGAUUGUCUUCUUGAAGAAGCUUCAUGAUGAGGAAAUCCGAGAACUGCAGGCCCAACUCCAGGAACAGCACAUCCAAAUUGAUAUGGAUGUUUCCAAGCCUGAUCUUACUGCUGCCCUGCGUGACGUUCGCCAACAGUAUGAAAGCGUUGCUGCUAAGAAUCUUCAGGAAGCUGAAGAGUGGUACAAGUCCAAAUUUGCAGAUCUCUCCGAAGCUGCUAAUAGGAACAACGAUGCCCUGCGCCAGGCCAAACAAGAAGCUAAUGAAUACCGCAGACAGAUCCAGUCUCUCACCUGUGAAGUGGAUGCCCUUAAGGGAAGCAAUGAAUCCCUGGAGCGCCAGAUGCGUGAAAUGGAGGAGAACUUUGCUGUUGAAGCUGCUAACUACCAAGACACUAUUGGCCGUCUGCAGGAUGAGAUUCAGAACAUGAAGGAAGAAAUGGCUCGCCAUCUCCGCGAGUACCAGGACCUGCUGAAUGUAAAGAUGGCUCUUGAUAUCGAGAUUGCCACCUACAGAAAACUGCUGGAGGGUGAAGAGAGCAGGAUUAACAUGCCUAUUCCAACCUUUGCUUCUUUGAACCUGAGAGAAACCAACAUUGAGUCUCAGCCAAUGGUUGACACUCACUCAAAGAGGACACUUCUUAUUAAGACCGUUGAAACUAGAGAUGGACAGGUUAUUAAUGAAACUUCCCAGCAUCAUGAUGACUUGGAGUAAAGCUGAAGUGAAGAUGCAUACUUACUAAUGCAGGAGAAAUUCUUACCAGCAAGAUUUAAAAGUCCAUGUCUUAAAGGAAGAAACAGCUUUCAAGUGCCUUUCUGCAGUUUUUCCAUGAGCGCAAGAUUAUUAUGCUAGGAAAUAGGUCUUAGAUCUUGCAAACUGACUCUCCCUGAAGGAUUAGAGUUUACAAUGGAGUCUAGUUUACAAAUAGCAAUAUCUUGUGCUGCAAUACUGUUUUUAAGUAUCUGAAUUCAAUAAAACUGCUUUUUCCAGCACCGUAUGAGCAACCUGUCGCUACUUCAAUAAAUCUUUGAAAAAUGGCUCUUGAUGUGUUCUAAUUUGUUAACUUCAUGACUUUUGGAAAGCCAUAACAACAUAAUGCUGGAAUUACUAUACGGUUGACAUCUCCAGUACUGGUUGUGUGGAAUGCUGUUUUUUCAGUUUAACUAGAUAAGCUGUCUUACUUACUGCUUAGGUUUUGGAACCAACUAAAAUGGACUAUAACUGGCAGAUGCAUUAUGUAUUAUGAAAUUUCUUAUCACUUGAAUAAAAUAUGAUACUUCAAGCUAA